GCGGACGAUACGAUUUGGCCCUGGGCCUCAGAAGACAGCAUUGAGUGUCGGUGGGUGUCGCUGGCGGUUGUUUAAUUGGCAGGCAAUGACAGGCACGGUAAGGGCCCGUGGCACUGGUGGAUAGAGAGUCUCCCGUAGUCAAACCAGAGGAUAACCACCAAAAAGAAACGCUUUUGUUCUGCGAAGAGCAGGGUGAAAAUUUUUUUUUUUUUUUGGCAAAAAUUUUUUUUGGUUUGUUAGCGAAGGUGUCUAGCUUUUUGUAUUGAGAUGCUCAAUUAAAUAUUUAAAACGUUUCCCAAAAAAUUUUCUAUUGAAAUUUCUUCUUCUCCUUUUUCUUUCAAUCAACGUUGGAAAAUGUCUGCUGCCAGUGAAUCCAAAUACUCUGCUGAAGUUCUUUCCGAGUUAUUAGGCAAAUUACAAGUUGCUGAUAACAAGGAUGAAGCUGCUGCUAAUGUUUCUUCUUUCUUAAAUUCUUCAAUUGUUGAACAUGAUGUUCCAGUUGAAUUUUUUGAAGAUUUGAAAAAACAAAUCAACAACAAGAAAGAUGCUUCUGCUUCUGCUGCUGCUUUAAAUGCUUACUCUCAUAUUGCUUCUUCAAAUGGUUUGGCUCCAUCUGUUGAACCUUAUGUUGUUGCUUUAACUUCUGACGUUGCUGCCAAAUCUGGUGAUAAAAAUAAAGAUGUUCAAACUGCCGCUUCUGACGCUUUAUUAGCUCUUGCUAAGGCUAUCACUCCAACUGCUGUCAAGAGUUUAUUACCAUCUUUAUUAGAAAACUUGGCUAACACUAAUAAAUGGACUGAAAAAGUUGCCAUUUUAGCUGCUAUUUCUCAAUUAGUUGAUACUGCUAAAGCUCAAAUUGCUUUAAGAAUGCCGGAAUUAAUUCCAGUUCUUUCUGAAACUAUGUGGGAUACCAAAAAGGAAGUUAAAGAAGCUGCUCAUAAAACUAUGACUAAAUCUACUGAAACCAUUGACAAUAAAGAUAUUGAAAGAUUUAUUCCAAAAUUGAUUGAAUGUAUUGCCAAUCCAACUGAAGUUCCAGAAACCGUUCACUUAUUAGGUGCUACCACUUUCGUUUCUGAAGUUACCAUGGCUACUUUAUCUAUCAUGGCUCCUUUAUUAUCAAGAGGUUUAGCUGAACGUGAAACUGCUAUUAAACGUAAAGCCGCUGUUAUUAUCGAUAACAUGUGUAAAUUAGUCGAUGAUCCUCAAGUUGUUGCUCCUUUCUUGGAUAAAUUAUUACCAGCUUUAAAAGCUAACUUCUCUACUAUGGCUGAUCCUGAAGCUCGUGAAGUUACUAACAGAGCUUUGAACACUUUAAGAAGAGUUGGUAACAUUGGUCAAAAUGAUACUAUUCCAGAAAUUUCUACCGCCGGUGAUAUCCCAGUUACUUUAGGUGUCUUUAAAGAAUUAUUAAAGGGUAAAAACAUUGCUCCAAGAUUUGAUACCGCUUUAACUUAUAUUGGUGCCAUUGCUGGUGAUUUAAUUGAUGAAAGAGAAAUUCAACCAGAUGCUUGGUUACACACUGUUUUACCUUUUGCUACUAUUUUCUUACACGAAAAAGAAGCUAAAGAAAUCAUUGAAGAAUUCAGAAAGAGAGCCGUUGAUAACAUUCCUCAACCUCCUUCUUUUGAAGAUGAAGAAGAUGAAGGUGAAGAUUUAUGUAACUGUGAAUUCUCUUUAGCUUAUGGUGCUAAAAUCUUAUUGAAUAAAACUCAAUUCAGAUUAAAGAGAAACAGAAGAUAUGGUUUAUGUGGUCCAAAUGGUGCUGGUAAAUCUACUUUAAUGAGAGCCAUUGCUAAUGGUCAAGUUGAAGGUUUCCCAACUCAAGAAGAAUGUAAAACCGUUUACGUUGAACAUGAUAUUGAUGGUACUCAUGCUGAAACUUCUGUUGUUCAAUUCGUUAUUGAAGAUGGUGAAGUUGGUUUAACUAAAGACACUGUCGAAGAAAAAUUAAGAGAAUUCGGUUUCUCUGAAGAAAUGAUUUCUAUGCCAAUUCAAUCCUUAUCUGGUGGUUGGAAAAUGAAAUUAGCUUUAGCUAGAGCUGUCUUGAAAAAUGCUGAUAUCUUAUUAUUAGAUGAACCAACUAACCAUUUGGAUACCGUUAACGUUGCUUGGUUAGUUAACUACUUACAAACUUGUGGUAUUACUUCCAUUAUUGUUUCUCACGAUUCUGGUUUCUUAGAUAAGAUCUGUCAAUACAUUAUCCAUUACGAAGGUUUCAAAUUAAGAAAAUACAAAGGUAACUUAUCUGAAUUCGUUCAAAAAUGUCCAUCCGCUCAAUCCUAUUACGAAUUAGGUGCUUCUGAUUUAGAAUUUAGAUUCCCAGAACCAGGUUUCUUAGAAGGUGUUAAGACUAAACAAAAAGCUAUUGUUAAAGUUUCUAACAUGACUUUCCAAUACCCAGGUACUUCUAAACCUCAAAUUCGUGACAUUAACUUCCAAUGUUCUUUAUCUUCAAGAAUUGCUGUUAUUGGUCCAAAUGGUGCUGGUAAAUCUACUUUGAUUAAUGUUUUAACUGGUGAAUUAUUACCAACUGAAGGUGAUGUUUACGUUCACGAAAAUUGUCGUAUUGCUUACAUUAAACAACAUGCUUUCGCUCAUAUUGAUAACCACUUGGACAAAACUCCUUCUGAAUAUAUUCAAUGGAGAUUCCAAACUGGUGAAGAUAGAGAAACCAUGGAUAGAGCUUCUAGACAAGUUAACGAACAAGAUGAAAACUCUAUGAAAAAGAUUUUCAAUGUUGAAGGUACCCCAAGAAGAAUUGCCGGUAUUCACUCCAGAAGAAAGUUCAAAAACUCUUAUGAAUAUGAAAUUUCUUGGUUAUUAGGUGAUAACGUUGGUAUGAAGAACGAAAGAUGGGUUCCAAUGAUGUCUGUUGAUAACACUUGGUUACCAAGAGGUGAAUUAAUGGAAACUCACUCUAAGAUGGUUGCUGAAGUUGAUAUGAAAGAAGCUUUAGCUUCCGGUCAAUUCAGACCAUUAACCAGAAAAGAAAUCGAAGAACAUUGUGCUAUGUUAGGUUUAGAAGCUGAAUUAGUUUCUCACUCUAGAAUUAGAGGUUUAUCUGGUGGUCAAAAAGUUAAAUUAGUUUUGGCUGCUUGUACCUGGCAAAGACCUCAUUUGAUUGUCUUGGAUGAACCAACUAACUAUUUGGAUCGUGACUCUUUGGGUGCUUUAUCUAAAGCUUUGAAAGCUUUCGAAGGUGGUAUUGUUAUCAUUACUCACUCUGCUGAAUUCACCAAAGAUUUAACCGAAGAAGUUUGGGCUGUCUUAGAUGGUCAAAUGACUCCAUCUGGUCACAAUUGGGUCCAAGGUCAAGGUUCUGGUCCAAGAUUGGAAAAGAAAGAAGAUGAAGAAGAUAAAUUCGAUGCUAUGGGUAACAAGAUUGCCGCUGCUAAGAAGAAGACUAAGUUAUCUUCUGCUGAAUUAAGAAAGAAGAAGAAGGACAGAAUGAAGAAAAAGAAGGAAUUAGGUGAUGCCUACGUUUCUGAAGACGAAGAAUUCUAA